AUGGCCGCCCUCCAGUUUCGGAUAACCCAGCGUGGUCAUCGUAAAGUUCUCAUUGAUGGCUGUAUCUACCAACUCGACAAGAAACUCGAGCCGAAGACCUAUUGGCGAUGCGAAGACAGAGCCUGCACCGCCAGACUGCACAGCGUAGGUGACAUCAUUGUGAUGCAGGAGUCGAAGAUGGAGUUCCCGGCGGUGACAGUGUGCAGCUUCAACGUGCUCAGCCGCUAUGCGGUCGAGAGGGAGAUGGAGAUCCUCAGCCCGAGGAUGGUCGCCUUGCUCGACAGCGAGAAGAAACUCCGCGGCGGGGAGUCCUACGCCGAUCUGGAUCCCUCGAAGACCGAGCUCUGUCUCGACGACUACCUUUGGAUGGACACGGCAGCAGGCAUGGACCCAAGCGGCCUCACCCGGUUGCAGGUGCAGGACCUGUGCGACCAGCUACGAUCCAAGCCUACCCGGUCGACCGUGGGGAAUAGCGAGGUGAGCGACAUCAAGCGGGCUGCCUUGGAACCGGCGUGCACCGUCGUCAGCCCAACGGAGGGAAGCAACCAGUUCCAGUCCAACGAGUGGAGCGGCUCUGACUCAUUUUACCACAAUCCCCCCAAGGAGUUCUUUUACCUGAAUCCCUGCUGGAAAAACCUCUUCGACGAGAACCCCCUGGAGUCAUUUGAAGACCACUGGCAUCUGCUACCGAACGACAACGCUACAGACCACACCACCAACAACGCUACAGACCACACCGCCAACAACACGGAUUCUCUUUCGUGGAGUGGACUCUCAAACUCCAGUUCUUCGAACAACUCUGCCACCUGGACGAACUCUUCGCCCUCGCCCGCCCAAGGAAACUCAAUCGGCAGUGAGAGACAAAACACCGAGAACCUCCUCCUCCUUCCGUCGACCUCCUCCUUCGCAACCGACCCCCCUCCGUUCGCAGCACGUAAGAAACGCUCCGACCGGGAGAGACCCCAGGCGACUUUCGAGCUGCAGCAAGACGUUCGGCGCAAACUCGUCGAUGGCUACUUGCGUGCUGUGUUUCAUCAGGUGGCUAAGGAGGCGAGGGAAGCUGUGGAAAAGGCCCAUCCGCGAGAAAAACGGUCGACGGGUAAACGCCAGCCCUUCGAUCGACCACGUUCUGCCAUUCGACCCGCUUUUCAGUUUUUGCCUUGCUUAUUUCUAGUUUUGGGCGAUUCGGAUCUGCUGGGAUGCAACGAGACGGGGGCCAAUUGCACCGGGGAUGUCGCGGCCCGGUGCCUCGAGAACAUGACGGUCGUCAUCCAUCCAAAAGUCUUCGCCGAGGUGUGUGGGGAGGCGCGGAAGGUGCCCUGUCUCAACGACGCCGUCGAGUCGGGUCCGUCCAUCAACAUUUACUGCAUCGACAUCGCGCAGGUGUGCGACGGGAGGAUUAACUGCCUCGACCAGUCGGACGAGACCUUCGUCUGCGACCAGUUCAAGUCCAUCUGCGAGGCGAUGAACGAUUCCUUCACGUGCGCGAACGGCAGGGAAUGCCUCCAUGGGGAGCAGCGAUGCGACGGCCUCCCUGAUUGCAAGGAUGGCUCAGACGAAUUCAACUGCACCGAGUAUUGCGAGGGGUUGGGGGCUUUCGGUUGCACGACCAGGGGCGGCUGCAUCAGCAAGGACAAGCGAUGCAACAGCGUCUUCGACUGUCCCGACAUGUCCGACGAGACGCACUGCCAAGUGGAAAUCUACACAAAACACGAUGAAGGCUGCAACUGCGACCAAGUGUGCGUCCGCCGCCCCACAGGAAGCGAUUACUGCUACGAGAAGAACUAUGUCACCGGCGACUUCGGGCAGACGAUAGCGCAGUCGAGGACCAAGGACAUGAGCGACCUGUUGCAGAUCUACUCGCCGGAUCGGGACGAGGUCCAGAAGUACGGGAUCGACGGCAAACAACUCAUCGUCAGCUGCAGCUUUGACAAUCGGGACUGUUCCUACAAGGAUUUCCAUCAAUGGCAGAGUGAUGACUACGGGAAUUGCUUCACCUUCAACAGUCCCUUCUUGGAGAAGUACGUGACGAACUCGGACGGGGUUUACGUGAAGCAAGAUGUGAUUCCGCGCUACACGUCUAACUUUGGCUUUCAGCACGGGCUUCGACUUGCCCUCGAUCUCAAAGUGCAGGAUACUUUCUCAAUCCUGGCGAGGAACAAAGGCGCCCGCGUCGUGAUUCAUCCCAGGUCCCAGCUCCCUUUCCCGGAAGGCGAGGGCUUCAACAUCCCUCCCGGGAUCCUCACCACUGCCUCCCUCAGACGGGCAUGCAGGAAGGUUUGCGCCGAGGGCUGGUACCGAGAGAUCUGCGGCUGCAAGGACAGCGUGAAUCCCCUCUUCGACAGCCUCAACGACAUGCCUCGAUGCAAUCCGCUCAACAUCUCCCAGUAUGCCUGCUUGAUAGAAGUUGAAACGCAGUUCUUCGCACAAGAGCUCUCGUGCAAGUGCCCCCCUGCCUGCACGGAGGUGAGAUACGACCCGACCAUAUCGCAGGUGCUCCCCAACGAAAAUUUCCUCUACGCUCUCUCCUUCUUCAAACGGCUCCAGUUUGGCACUGAUGUCUGCAGCAGUCCAGACACCGACAGGAACACGGUCUAUUUGCACGUCUACUUCGAAGGCAGCACCUUUACCUUGAUUCAGGAAAGCCCUGCUUACACUUGGGUGACCCUUGUGUCGAACUUGGGCGGAUCCAUAGGUCUGUUUGUAGGUCUGAGUUUGAUCACUGUCGUCGAGGUCGUGGUUAUCUUCGUGGAGUUCAUCUCCUUCUGUUGCUUCAAACAUCGGCAACGUGUCCGGAACGGCAAGAACUCAAAGGAACACCUCAUGGAUGUGGCGACGAUGAGUCACGCAGCACCGACGACGAGCCAUUCAGUUGUGUACCCCAUCGGAGAAAAUCGGAAGGAACUGCAGGAGACGGGGAUGCAGACCCUGGUCCACAUGUCCCCGUUCUUUGUGAACCCGUCCCUGGAAAGGAAGUUCGGGUCUCUGUCCCAACGUCACACGGGUCAGUUGUGGCUGAAUCGUUCCAAAGCUGAUUACCCAAACGGCCCGACUCAUCCCAAUGUCGAGAUUUCAUCAGACGAAACGGAAAUCCGCGUAUGGCAGAGUGAUGACUACGGGAAUUGCUUCACCUUCAACAGUCCCUUCUUGGAGAAGUACGUGACGAACUCGGACGGGGUCUAUGUGAAGCAAGACGUGAUCCCUCGUUACAUGUCUAACUUUGGCUUUCAGCACGGACUUCGACUUUCCCUCGAUCUGAACGUUCAGGACACCUUCUCGGUCCUAGCAAGGUACAAAGGCGCCCGCGUCGUGAUUCAUUCCAGGUCCCAGCUCCCAUUCCCGGGAGGCGAGGGCUUCAACAUCCCUCCCGGAAUCAUCACCACUGCCUCCCUCAGACGGUUGAGCGUGGGGCGCAGGGCCUCAAGGGCCUGCGAAGAUAUCAGGCGAGUGGGAAGCCCCUAUGGAGACUGCAUGGACUGGGAUUGGAUACACCUUGGAAACUAUUCCCAACCAGCAUGCAUGAAGGUUUGCGCCGAGAGCUGGUACCGUGAGAUAUGCGGCUGCAAGGAGAGAGUGAAUCCCCUCUUCGACAACCUCAACGACAUGCCUCGAUGCAAUCCGCUCAACAUCUCCCAAUAAUCACCCAGCGCCGAAUUCGAGGCACCCAUCCGUGCAUUCCGCCGAGAAAAAUCGGAAGGAAAUGCAGGAGACGGGGAUGCAGACCCUGGUCCAAAUGCCCCCGUCCUUCGUGAACCCAGCUCUCGAGAGAAAGCUGGGGUCUCUGCCCCGACGUCACGCAGGCGUUCAUCAAGGGUCGAUCGAUCGCAGGGAGCCCUCAACAUCCUCGACUCAUCCAGCAUCGGCUCCAUGAACUGCGAUCCGCGUCAGGGCCCGGAGAGCGACGCUUGCUGGGACCGCCUUCGAUCGAGGCGUUGUCGUGACGAUGGAGCGGGAAUGACGAUUCGAAAAUGCAAAGAAAAAGAAAAGACUCCGGUGGGCUGGGCUGAAGAAUUCUCCGCGUCUCGCUUGAGCGGGCAUGGGAUCUCCGCACAUCGAGUCUUAUUCUCUGGCGGGACGCCUGUUCUGCCUCCUCAUCACGAUCUUCUUCGUGGUGCUCUGCCUUUUAGCAGAGUAUCCGAUUCCCAGGACUACCUCACAUACCCUAAGGAACAAAAUUUGACACGUUUCUUCUCUCAAUGCAAUCAUCUCAAGCUCCAUCUCCAUCGGGAUUGCGAACUGAAUCUCGCUUUUGGAAGACCCGGCGAUCAGCAGCGGCCGAUCGACGUGGGGAGACAGGGAGGCAUCUCAUACGGACAUCCCAUUGUGAACAGAUUGGCGCCCAGCUUGUUCAAGUCGAAGCGGAAGGCCCCCUCAAGCAGGAAUCUCCGCGUUCGCUUCACCAGACAACCGCAAUCUGGCGACCUUCGUCCCCGGGCUCGGAGUCCUAUCUCCGCGCUUGUUUACGCGGCGCAUGUGAGGCGCACUGUCUGGGGAGGCCACUGUCUGGGGCGAGGAGAUAAGAUGCAAGCAUUUAUGUCGAUCGUGACUCGAAUUGCUCUUAUCAGAAAUGGUACUAACUAUCGAGCAAAGGUUCAAGGUCCAAAGUGGUUUAGUGAUUCGAAAAAUGCAAAGAAAAAGAAAAGACUCCGGUGGGCUGGGCUGAAGAAUUCUUCGUGUCCAGGCUUGAGCGGGCAUGGGAUCCCGCACAUCUUCGAGUCUUAUUCUCUGACGGGACGCCUGUUCUGCCUCCUCAUCACGAUCUUCUUAAUGGUGCUCUGCAUUUUGGCAGCGUAUCCUAGUCGUCCAGGACCUCCUCACAUCCGAAGGUCGUCUGCAUUCGAGUUUUUUCUCGUGCAUGCUGGGAUACCCUCCUCGACGGCAAGAACGGCUGGUGUUACUCGACGUACGUUGGUGAAGCGGCGAGCGAGAGAAUAG